CACCGGUAGAACAAAGAUCCAUGUCUUUCAUCUCGCAUUCCCUGAAGUUGCAUUUAAGGAGGUGACUUGGUAGAUACCGGCUCAUUCCGCCCGAUACCCGGUUAUUAUUUAUUUAUUCGAAUUUGGAGCGAUCGCAAUGCGUGGUUCAGCACUCAGCAAGGCCAGCCACUUGGCUGCUGCCUCUUCCAUUAGGGGCUAUGCCACCUCGAUACCAGCAAGAGCGCACCACCAGGUCCUCGUCGUGGGUGGUGGUACCGCAGGUGUCACAGUCGCUGCACAGCUGAAGCGUGCAAGGGGAUCUGAGAAGACUGACAUUGCCAUCUUGGAUCCUGCUGCAGCUCACCACUAUCAGGCUGGAUGGACACUUGUUGGCUCCGGUCUGAAGCCUCUGUCGGGGAUGUCUAAGCCUAUGGAUGCUGUCAUUCCGGCAGGAACGCAACACUAUCCUCUUCGUGUGUCGGGAUUUGACCCUGAGAAUAACACUGUCAAAACCACAGAUGGUGUAGAUAUCACGUACGAUUACCUGGUAGUGGCUCCUGGCCUAGAGACCAACUUCGCGGGCAUCUCUGGUCUACAAGAUGCGCUGCAAGAUCCUACCAGCCUCGUCUCGUCCAUCUAUUCCGAUAAGACGGUCGAGCAGGUAUGGCAGAACAUCAAGGGCUUCAAGGAGGGCGAGGCCAUUUUCACUCAACCCGCAGGCAUCAUCAAGUGCGCCGGCGCACCGCAGAAAAUCUUAUGGAUGGCUCUGAGCCAAUGGAAGAACGAUGGUGUCCGCGAGAAGAUCUCUCCCACAUUCGCCACCGGCGGCGCCUCCAUGUUCGCUGUGCCCAAGUACUCCCAGGCGCUGGAGGAUCUGCGCAGGGAGCGCGGCGUCGAGGGGUUGUUCCAGCACAAUCUCGUCAGCGUCGACGCCAAGAACAAGGUUGCCACCUUCAAGAACCUCGCGGCAGAGGGCAAGGAAGUCCAGCGCGAGUACAAGUUUCUGCACGCCGUGCCGCCGCAGAAGCCAUGGGACUGGGUCGCGAAGUCGCCGCUUGCCGACGCCGCAGGCUGGGUCGAUGUUGACAAGGCCACGACGCAGCACAACAAGUUCUCCAACGUCUUCUCCAUCGGCGACGCGUCCAGCCUGCCUAACAGUAAGACGGCUGCCGCCAUUUCGUCUCAGGCACCUGUGUUGGUCAACAACCUGAUUGCGGCCAUCAACGGCCGUCAGGGCAAGGCUGCGUACGACGGCUAUGCCAGCUGCCCGCUCCUGACCGGCCACAACGAGCUCAUGCUGUGUGAGUUCAAGUAUGGCGGUGUGCCCAAGGAGACGUUCUCGGCUGUGUUCGGCGGCCAGGAGAAGCCGAGACGGGCAUUCUACCACUUGAAGAAGGACUUCUUCCCCUUUGUGUAUUGGAACAGCUUCAUCAAGGGUACCUGGUUCGGACCUAAGGCUUGGUCGAAGCCGAGCACUCCUGAGGUUUCUUCGUAAUAUACCUUGUCUUCGAUAUUGUACCAGUACUUAGAAUGUCAGCGGGAAUACAAUAAGCAUUGCAAGUUUAUAAUUGUGGUCUCAACUCAUAUAACUGUUUUCGUAGAGCUGUAACUUGGAAUUCGAAGGUUCACAUCGAGUCAGAACGAUGUGCACUUUUUCGCUGCGGUUAUGGCAUGACAUAAAUACAAUGUAGUGCUUGAUUACGUACAUGCGUGACCGACCGGGGGGUUUUUUUUUUCGAAAUGCACGAUGAUUACGAGCGGG